AGUUGCCGGCCUGCCGUUUAACUAAAAUGUCUGACGCUUUUCUCAUAGUUGUUCCGUUUGAUUUGGACGAACACACAAAUAGAAUAGAAUUAGAAACGUUCGCACGGCCAAAAGAUUUGAGGUGCGGCACGCAAAUUAUUUUCUCAUUUUUAUCGCGGACAACAUGUAUUCGUCAGUUACUUAGUACUAAGCAUGGAGUUCUGACAGUUUUAUAAAAUCACACCGAAAAAUAAUUACGUUUCUUGUAAUUUCAUGAAGUAUAAAUGGAAGUCUAUCUGUACCAAUAUUCUUGAUGAAAACAUGAGUCUGACAUAUAUCGAGUAUGAAAAGUAAAGCUUUAGUCGCAUGCAUGAUAAAAAUAAGAAUUGAUCAUUGACCAAGACAGAUGUAGUUGAGAUUUCUCAAGAAAAACUGGAAAAGAAAUCUAUUAACACAAUGUCGCAAUCAGAGGAUACUUAUGCUCCAGAAGAACCAACAUCAGAUAUUCCAAUAUCAAUGCUUGACAUACAAAUGCCAGAAACACCAGAAAGUACAAAAGGUCAAGUUAGCGACGGAGAUACACCCAGAUUGGAAAGCCCAAAGUUGCUUAAACCUGUGCUAGGAAAAGUGCAAGCUAAAAAAAGAUUGAUGGCAUUUGCUAACAAGUUCAAUGUACUACCAAAAGUUCAGAAUAAAUCUAAUCUGUUUCAAGUGCAUUCAGUUAAAAUUUCUAAAUCUAAAAAUAAGUCAGGCGAUAACAAGUCUUUAGAAAAUAAUUUGAGCACAGGAUUAAAUGUAGAUUCUGAUUCUAUGCAACAGUUUCAUAAUCGCCAUUCAAGCGGUAGUAAAUCGAAAAAGAAAACAGAAGAAAAAAUACUGGCUAUCGAAGAGAUUAGACGAGAGGAAUCCAAAAGUAAAAUGUUAUUGGCAGAAGCUAUGGCUGCAGCUAGUUUAGAAGAAGAAAACUAUGGGAAUAGAAAUGGACAAAAUUUAUUGGAAAAUAUAAAGAGUAUUAGAGAGAGAGAUAGACAAGAUGAUAUUAAUAGUUCGCAUAAAAGUGGUUCAAAAUCAUCCAUAGAAAGUAAACGUUCUGAGAGGAGGCGGUACGGGAAAGAAGAAAGAAGGGAUAGUACGAGUAGAGAGACAAAGGAAUACGGUACUGGUAAAAAACGGUAUUACAAGCUCCCUCAUAAUAAGGAACAACGUAAAAAAGAUAAGGACAAAAGAGAGGAUAAGGACAAACGGGAUGAUAGUAUCAAGUUUGAAGAGAAUCGAGAUAAAAAAGAUGAAGAAAAAGAUAAUAAAAAGGAUAAUGAAAGAGAUAAAUGGGAGGAAGUAAAGGAGAAAAAGGGAUCAAAAGAAAAGAGGGAAAACUUCCGGGAAAAGAGAAGUGAUUCACGUGAAGGAACUGUAGAAGUUAAAGACAGAAAAGAAAAAGAGAAAGAAAAGGACCGAGGAAAAGAAAGAGACAUAAUGAAUUCUUCUUCGUGGAUAGAGUUAAAGCAAUGUGGUAUAACAAUGCAUGAUAUAAUUGAUAUUAGAAGACGCGAUCCAGUAGACCGACCAUCAAAGAACAGAACAGCUGAGGAUUAUUUACGUCACUUUGAACAAAUGUUAAUGUUGAAUGAUAUUCGUUUGAGACGUUACGCUUUUAUUGCCGAAGGACUCGAUGGACCUAAAGAAUAUCCUCCCGAGUCUAUAAGAAUAACUAAAAGAGGAAAGCCUCAAAUUAUUUAUUCGGAAAAUUCUCGAAUGUCUUUUUUUCUUAAUCGCCAACAAAUUCUCCAAGCUGUUAGCACUGAACGCCGGGAGAAGAUGGAAAAGAUAUGCGAGGCAGAGUUUACACGAGAUAAUGCAGAAGAAGCGGAGAAAUCUCAAGUAACUCGUGAUUGGUAUCCGAAAGCAGGCAUUUGUAAGUCUAAUGAAAAAACGAAAUGGCAUGUACCCGUUAGCGUACAGCUUCCCAGAUCAAAAUGGGACAGCGAGGACGAAGACAGAUUAUCCAACGAUACUGGAAAAGAACGGGAAGACGAAGUAAAAUCAGAUGAUAUUGAACCUGACGCGGAACAAGAAGCGUUUUCUCUACGGUCAAAUAUAAUUAAGGCGGAUAUUAGCGCUGACGAAAAGACUAUUAAUGAAGAUAAUAAGUCUUCCAGCGUUACAGAAGUAGACGGUAGACAAUCAUCGUCUCCUUUAUUGUCAUCAGCAGGCAACGAGAAAUUAGCAUCAGAAUACGAACAGUUCAUGAAGAUGGUUUGUAACGACAUUCCCGGAUCAAAAGACUUCUCGCCGAAAUCACUACCGUCUAAAUCAUCCACCUCAACGUUGAGUUAUCACGAGUUUAACAUAGAAACUAAUUUGCCAGAAGACAACAAUUUUUCAUUCGCGAAUCAUAGCGUAUCCGGUAGAUCUGAUAAAAUUGAUACGAACAAGGGAGAAGAGAAACUCGAUAGUAAUGAAAGUCAGCAGAACUUGGAUAAAGCUUCAAAAGAGGAUGAGAUAUCUUCGAACAGUAGUCACAGUCAGGAGCGUAUGAAACCGGAAAGCAAAGAAAAGUCUGAAAAAAGUGAAUCAGAAGAUUCGAAAUCGAUACCCAGUGAUUGGGAAAAUGUUCGCAUUAAAGUGGAACGAUUGAGCGAUGAAAAUUCCGAUUCUAGAGAGACGAGGAAGAAACGAAAACGAAAGAAAAUGACUUCUAGCAGCGAUUCAUCCAGCACGUCCAGUUCUUCCGACUCCGAGGAAGAAGUAAAAAGAAAGAAAAGAAAACAGAAGUCGUCGAAAGACUCGGAUUCGGAUUCUGAUUCGGAUAGUAGCGACAGCAGCAGCAGCAGUAGUAGUAGCGAUUCUUCUAGCUCUGAUGAUAAGCGAAAGAAAAGAAGGAAGAAGAAGCGAAAAGCAGAGAAAAGGAAGAAGAAAGCAAAGAAACUAGCGAAAGCGAAAAAGAAGCGGAAAAGAAAAGUAAGCACCGAUUCCAGUAGCAGUGAUUCUUUCGACGAUAGAAAAAAGAAGAAGGCGUCAAACAAGAAAUCAAAAAAGAAGAAAGAACGCAGCAAUAAGCAAGAUGAAAAUGAAGACAUAGUAAAAGCGAUACAGAAAUCUCCUCUGCAAUCUUUGACACCAGAAAAUACGAAGCUGAUGCGUUCGCAGGUUCCACGGAAGAAGAUCAAAGAGGAAACUAAGGUAGAAUCUAGAAAAAGAUCAACCGAGAAACACGAUAUCUGGAGCCAAGAACAAGAAUUGGUACGAAAAGUGAUUUCAGACAGUGAUGUAAGUAACAAGUCACGCAAAGAUGAAGAAAAAAGGAAUAAGAACAAUGAGGAAUACUUGGAAGAAUGGGACAUGGAUUCUGUAAUUAUGUCACAGCAAAAGGGACAGAAAUUGUCGAAGGGUAACACGGAGAAGAUGGAAAAAACUGAGAUAGAAAAUAUUAGAAAAAUCGAAAGGAAAGAUGAACGAAGUAAAAGAGAUGAAAGAUGUAAAAAGGAUGAACGUUUCAAAGAGAAAUGUUCUAGUCUCGGUAAAGAGAUUAUAGAAGAAAACAUGAAAAUUGACGAAGACAACGAUGCGAAGAAGAAAAAGAAGAAAGACAAAGAGAAGAAGAGCAGUAACGAAUUUCUAACUGAUUGGGAGAAGGAGAGUGAACGAAUGUCACAGCAAAUGAUGCAAGACGAAAUGAAGCUUUCCAAGAAGUUAGAGAAACAAAAGAAAGAUAAAUGGGGAGAGACUGAAUUUGACACGUUAAACGUGCCAUCUCUAACGCAGCUUGAAAGAGAGGUAAAUAAAAGGCAGCUCUUGGCAGACGACUGGGAGGUUGAUAGCUUGGAAGCUGUGCCGGAUCUGAUGAUCAAUAAAAAGAAAUCCACGCGUACUUCGAAGAAGUUGGAGAAAGAAGUUAGGUAUGAUAAAAAAACAGACACGUAUAUCGCCAUUGAGAAGGAGACCUUGCGAGAAUGUAAAAAGAGACAGGAUCGCCUUUCCGCGAUGAGAAUCUGGGAAGAGGAAGAAGAAGAAGGUGAAAGAGAAGCUAUGAUGCUGAUGGAACAGAAGAAUAAACGAAAGAAAGACGAAUGGGACAUCGAGGAGGAAUCAUUUUUGUUAGAAAAGAGCGAUAAGAAAGAAAGCAUUGAGAAUGAUAUCUCUACCAUCGACAUUAUCCACAAAGAAGUAUCCACAGCUGGCAAAGACGCAGACGCACCGAUGAAGCAUGACUCAGUGUCUGGUAAAAAGGGUAAGAAGAGUCGCUGGGACAUGGCAUCACAGUCUGAAGAAAAAAUAGAACUCAAAGCUCCUGUCAUGUGGGAAGAAGAAUGCGCUGAAUGGACAAAAAUGAACAAAUUCGAACGGAAAAUCGACAGGAUACCGUUGGAUCAUUGUGAUUCCAUGAUGCCUAAAAGCAAAAUAAAAGAUGAGAAUAUUUGCCUCGCUGAUCAGCAAUCUAGAAAAUCUUUAUCAAAAAACUCUGCAAGUUCAGACAUCAUUGACUUGUUUUCAAGAAAAUCUCAAGAUGUAGAUUUAUCAGAUUCUUCUUGGACGACGGAAGAACAGACAAGAAACAAGUCAAGAAUGAGAAGUUUGGAUAACAGUUCCCAAAGAGAUGCAUUUUUUGAUCAGGCAAAAGAACAAACACCUACGUCGAUUAUGAAUGAACAGUCCACCGUUGAACAGUUGAAGGAUAUAUUUGAAAUGGACAUAAAGUUGAUGAAGAAAAAUAUAGACUUGUAUAGUCCCAGUUCUCCGGCAGCUUCUCAGAAAUCUGAGGAUACAGAAGCUUUCGAUAACAGCCACUCAAAUUCUUCAAAUCUCAGAGAAGAUUUCUCCUAUACGCCGAAGAAAGAAGUUCUGAUCAAAUCUGACGAAGAAUUCAUGUCCAUUCCCAAUAUACCUCUUCAAAUAAAGUACAGAGACAACAAGUACCCCAAGUCAACUAUGACAAACGAAAACUUUGAAGAAAUUUUAGGAAUGCAAACUGAGAAAGAAACAACCCCAAAGAAAUUCGAUGCCAAAAACUCUGAUAGCUUGCUUGAUCUUGCAAUGAACGAACCGUGUCCUGACCCAAGCACUUACAAAUCAUUAAGAAUGGACAUAUUCGAGGAGUUUGAAUCUAACGCAUCGCGUAAUAGAUUGAGUAACAAAAGCUCUGAAGAAGUAGUUUCUGCAGAUACAAAAGGUGAUGAAUCAUUAGAAAGCAAAGCAGCUCUUAAACUAAUCCCUAAACAGCUAUUGGUUCGACGAACCAAUGAACGUUCAAAGUUAAAAUUGAUCUCAGACGAUCCUAUGCAACAUGCUACAGCACUUUUAACUAUUCAAAAGAAGCUUCGAGAAGCGCAUGUCGCGAAGAACGUUUCUUGUGGUGAGUCUUCGAAUGAAUUUAAAAUUGAAUGCGAGCAAAUAAUUGAUAACGAUGCGUCUGCAAUUGACAUCGCUCCUGUGCAACAGACAAUCGUUACGGAAGUAGAUUCCAAAGAUUUAUCAAUAACGUUGAAAACAAUGACCAAGUCGGAAUCGCCAGGCUCGGUGAAGCUUUUCGAUCAUGUCGGAGAGUACAAGUCGGAUGAUAAAGAAGAAGCUAAAAUAGAGGAGCUAAAGAAACCUAAAAUCUCUAGCGAUACGGAAGAACAAAGAUCACCGUACAGGGAACAAAGAUCACCGUACAGGGAACAAAGAAGAAGUCCAAGUAGAAAAGAAAAUAGGGAGGAUAAACGAAUAACUGAUCGCGGUAAAGAGAAAAGGGAUAAGAAAUACGAUGAUAGGGAAAAGAGUGAUAGAAAGGACGGUAGAGGUUCGAGACAAGAAUACAAUGAAAGAAGAAGGUCCAGUCCUUCGGGUAGUCGGAAACGAAGAAGAAGCGUGAGUCCGCACACCUCGUGGGAACAAGAGAGAAGCCGUAGCGAGAGUCAAAGCCGUAGUUGGAGCAGAAGUAGAAGUAAAAGUCCAAAGAGGAAGGAUGAAUUGUUCGGUUCUUCCAGUAGGGAAAAGCGAUCGAGUAGAAUUGACGAAGAAAGAGUUGGUAGAUUUAGGCCAGACGAUAGAAGGGAAAAAUCUACGAGAAGCCCAUCCCAUUUCAGUGCUGCUCCAUACAACAAAGAACAUUUUAAAAAGCAUGGAUCUACCAAAGGCGAUCGCGAUGACUGGAACAGAAGGAAAUAUGAUAGCGUGGAAAGAGAGAAAGAAGGAAGAUCGUACGAGUUGGUAGAUGUGUUAAGAGAAAGAAACGUAGAAUCUGAUAGACACAGGGAAGCCAGAUUCCGCGGGGAUGAGACGGAUAGAUCAUUCUGGCCGUACGAAUCAGAGAACAUGCUGCGUGAUGGAAACGAAUCCAUAGAUUCUUAUUCCAAUGGAGGUCAAGAUUUAGAUCUUGAUUAUGAUGAAAAAAUGUAUUAUAGAGAGGACAGUAUCGAAAGGGACAUCAUGGAAGGUCCUCUUCGAUCUUCAUCAAAAUUCAAACAUGGAAGAAAAAAUAGAUCCACCGUGAGAAGGGACAGACAAUGGGAAAAGGAUAGAGAAUCGUUAGAUUUUGAUAGACACGGACAUGUUCGAAGAACAGAGAAAUCGUCGAGACCAAGACGAUCUUCGCCUAGAUCAUCGCACGAUCGGUUCAGACGCGGAUCUAGAUCACGGUCUAGGUCCUGGUCAAAGUCGAGAUCACGAUCCAAGUCCAGAUCUAGAUCUAGAUCAAGAACUCGAUCGCGUUCUCGAUCAACGUCGAGGUCGCGAUCCAUGUUACGGUCAAGAUCUAGAUCUAGAUCGGGAUCGCGAUCCAGAACCAGAUCCACUUCAAGGUCUGGAAUGAGAAGCCCGGAUCAUUUGAGGAUGACUGAACGAUUAAGAUCGUCCAGAUCACCCUCUUUGGGACGAGGUAGAAUUAGCGAAGGUUCAAGGGACAGGAAGGAUGAACACGACAGUAUGAAACUGGAUAAUUGUGCUGAAAGAGGUAGACGCAUUGAGACAAUUGUACAGUCCGGUCUACCUAGGGACUCGAACGUGUUAGAUCCGGAAAUGCACAUCGGUGACAAUAUGGAGUCGGUUGCUUCAGGUUUUCAAUAUUCUAACGAGACUGAAAUUGGAAACGAGUACUACUAUACUGAAAAUAAUUUGACCUAUCCUCCGUGUAUCGACGACUCGACUACGAGUUCACCGAAACGGUUAUCCCUUGACGAUAGGUUGGAACUCGAGUUAGGAAUUAAAAAGCAACAAGAUAACGCAGGGAUGUCGAAUGAUUAUGGGGAGAACUUUAAUUCUAACGUGUGUUAUCCAUCACCAACUCAACAACAGCAGCAGAUGAUGUAUCGUCAACAACCUACCGUUUUACAAGUGGGCAACGUGUUACAAGUGGUGCCUGCAGACUUCAAUGGGGUUCCAGCAACACGUAGAGAACCAGCUGCUACUCCCACACCUCCGAUCGUACGAGGUUCUAGUCAAGUAGUCCGCGUAGGUAAUGUUCUUCAAGUUGUACCGACGUCAUUGGACUGGAGCGGUGGACAAUCGUCAUCAACGGUUGAUCAGUCAGGUGGAAUGAUGUACUCCGCAUCAGUCCCGCAACCUUCACCGGUUCCUUCAGUCCCUAUAUCCGUACCUGUUCCAGUUCCUGUCCCCAUGCCAGUGCCGGCAGUUCCUCCCCCGAUGGCUUCCUCUACCCCUGUUUCUACAUUAUCCCCAGUUCCAUUACCCAUCUCCGUUCCUGUACCAGUUCCUGGUCCGGGUCCUGUUCCGCUUCCAGUGACGCAGACGACGUUCCCAAGAACGGAGGUAACACCUCAAAAAGUGCCAGCUCAACCGGUAUAUAAUUACGAAGCAAUUCUGGAGACUCGUCGAAAGGAACGGGAGGAACGUAAACGACAGCGUGAAAUUAAGCGAAAAGAGAAAGAACGUAGACGAAUAGAACGAAUUAAUCGACGAGCUUUACGUCUGCUAGAGAAAAACAAUAUGCGUCAGGCAGAAAAUGCGAGUCAACAAAAGACUUCGAGUCUAGAUCCGUCUGUUCUGAAAGCUCUUAGAGAAAGCGAAGAGCAAGUUGAGGCGGAAGAACAAUCUUCCUCCACGAUUACCGAGAAAGAAGAAGAAACACCAGUUGCUGCUCCUGUUGUUGUUUCUGCCGAGGAAGAAGUACCAGUUGACGAGGACGAGGAGGAGGAGGAGGAAGAGGAAGAGGCUGAAGUGGACGAUGACGAAGAAGACGAAGAGGAAGCCGAAGAAGAUGAAGAGGAAGAGGAGGAGGAUGAAGAGAAAUCUUCGUUACGAGUAAAUAGUCGGCGAAAUGAAGUCGAUGAAAUUGUUAACGCAACAAUCGAAAUAAGUAAGGUUCAAAUUGAAACAGAGUCCAAAGAGUGGGUAGAGUUACCGCCGGCACCUUUAAAAGGAAUCUUGGUUGCAUCAGGUUUCAGGAGGACCUCGAUUCCUAACGGCAAUUUGGACGAAUUUUCUACUCCUGAAAACGAAAGCGACGAUAACACAGACAAAGAGAGUACAGAAACGGAUAAAAAUACUGAAUUCAACAAAAAUGAAGUCAGCGAAAUUAAGUCGAGCAAACUGAAAGCUCAAGUCAAGACGAGAUCGAAAUCAACGAAAUUGAGUAAGUGGAAACAGAGAAAUAAAAAGUCGGUGCAAUUUGCGGAUGGAAUUAAACCCGGAGAAGGUACUAGUCCUAGUGGUGGCGAAGGUGAUAUGCCUUCUCCUCCACCUCCUUCGUCAACGGUUACCCGUGACAUUCGAAGAACAAAUUCUAGGAAGAGCAGAAAACAAGAGAAACGAGCACGACCUCCUAAAGCAAAGAAAAAAGUGAAGGUAAAGAUUAUAAAAUUGAAGAAACCUCGUGUGACUCCAUUAACGGCGAUGAUGAUGGACGACUCUGACGAAUUAGAUGAUCGUUCACCACCACCACCGCCCCCUGGUUCUCCUCCACCUCCGCAUCUCUGGCCAAGCUAUCUUUCUGCUUACAAUUCUACUGUUCGUACCAGUGAAGCUCAAUCGACGACACCUGCAACUUCUAGUACCGUUCAAGCUCCACCACCGCCUACGCCAUUGCCUCUUUUAGUUCCUCCUCCCCCUCUGAACUAUACCAUACAACCCUGCAGCAAGGCGUAAGGUGUCAUUUUUUAUAUUUUAGAUAAAUCAUUCUACUAUUGUGUAGAAUGCUCUAGAUUAAGUUUAUUAAAUGAACGAUACGCGAA